CUUAUCCUUGUGUAACCGCGACUCCGGCAAGGAGUGACCAUCGAGGUACAUGAAAGAAGGACAUGAACUACUCGCAAGGGAAGGGACGGCUUUAUCCGGCCUACAGUCUAAGUGGCAGCGAGGGUGAGGAUAAUACCUCCAGUUUACGUAGUCGCGCCUAUCCACAAAAUAAUCAAACCAACCAAUCCCAUCAUAAUCAUUACAACACAAGUCAACACAAACAGCGUGCAUAUCAACAGCAACAACAACAUCCCCUGUAUCAUAUGCCCGGCAGUGGUGCCGGUCUCAGCGACACACCGACUUCCGGUAACGCAUCUGACGAAACUCUUACUGAUAGUGACCUUAUCACUGUUGCUCGUGAUUCUGCGCUACUCGUCCAUAACGGGUGUUUGUUGGACAGUUCGGCACCACGGGGCCCGCCUGAUGUGCCACCCCGUAACCCCGCAAUGAGCCGGCUCAACGGAAGACUGCCAGGAAGUCACGCAGCGAGCGAUCACGAACGCGAUCCCGAUCUCGAGCCAUCCUGUCUCGUACGCACCCCAUCCGGUAACUUCUACAAUAUACCAAAGAUACCGAAGAAUGAAUACAACAACAAGAAUCAGUCCACGGGGAACAGUCCAAUAAAAGUGGAGCUGCAGAACAACAUGGACAGAGUACCUUUACCUUACGGGCACGCCCCGUCGAUGAUCCCGAUGAGGAGACAAAGCAUCCGCUGUCAUUUCCGCAAGGGAAUCGAUUGGUGCAGCUGGAAACUAAUUGCUAUAGUAGUAAUUAUGCUCUCGCUCUGCUUGACUGCAGCAUUAACCUACGUCGCAGCAUCCCAUUUAGUGAACUGGUCGUACCAAGGCACGAAGGCGUGCUCAGUCUUGGUGGGCGAAAACACUGACGCCAAGCCGUCGUCGGGCGAGGCGAAUAAGACGUCCACGUCGUCCACAUCGACGUCGUCGCAGUCGAGCGGCAGGACGCGGCCGCAGUCAUCGUCAGGAGGUAGUAUUAGCACGUCGGAUAGCAUGUUGUUAGAUGAUGUCGUAUACAGUCGCAAACGUAGAGACACGUUUAACGAGCAUGCGUUGCACCAAACUGUCGCGCCAUCACCCUCUCGUGACCCCGAGGAGAUGUCCUUGACCACUGUCGCUGAGGCGGAGACCUCGGGGUUCGGACAGCGGUCAGUUCCGUUGCAUGAGAAGGAGUCUUCUGGUAAGGUUGUGCAUGAUCCGGAGCAUGUGGAUGGUCAAAGUCCAGUAAGAGGAGCCAUCGACCGUUCGAUCAAAGCUACCAAGGACGCGCCGCCGGAGUCAUCGGGAUCGACGGCUCCCUCGCGGGUGAUACAGCUUGUCGUGAAUGUCUCUUCUACCGCUACUAACUACUCGCACGAUCAUUCAACUCAUACCACUGUCGCCGUCGACCAUCUCGCCUCUUCGUCCUCUGUCUCUGUCGGCUCUGGCAAUUCUCUCGCGUCAGCUUCUGUUCGGCAAUUGCCCCAUAACGAGACGUCCGGCACGACCUCGCGAUCGUCGCAAGACACUUCCGCGAAAUACAUCCCAAAGUUCGCGGCCGCCGAUGGCAACGUACACGUUGCGUCGAAAGCCCCGGUAACGAAACUUAGCCACGAUGACUCCGUGGAUUUCGGCCGCGAUAUCGAUAACAUCGGCACGUCCGAAAGUUCGGACUUUGUCGAAAGCAGUGGCGGCAUCGAGACUACGACGUCUGCAUCCGGCUCGGAGUCUACGAAACUUGGCGCAGAUAGCAGUGACUACAGCCAAGUAGUCGGCGGAACUGCGGAAAAUGGCCGUAACAUUUUCCCCGUCGAUUACAGCGAUAAUAUAGACGAUAGCACUGUAGAACCAACGACCGUAACAGAGAUACGCUUGAACGAGCUAGGAUCAGAGGAUCAACAAUCGAACGUAAGUAAUUCUGAUUCAAGCGGAGAGUUAGUUCCCGUAGAGAUGAAUCGGGAAAAAGUAGAUGCUAGCACGAUUUUGCCUAGUAUGACUAUAGAUAAUAAAAUGGCGCUUAAUACUUUGUCGAGUAAGGACGAGAAUGUUGAAAAGUUUGAAGAUGUAGCGGAGGCCGAAGAUCGUGACGAUGUGUUUGAGGAGAAAAUUAACUCGGAUGAAAAUGAAAGAUCGACCAUCUUUGAAAAAAACAACAGUAACUCGACAAAUAUAAUCACAAAUUCAGAGUCGUUCAACAUCGUGAAAGAAAUGCGGGAACUCUCCAGAGAAUUUGCGUCUUCCGAAUUUGUAGCUUCAUCCAAUUUAGCUAAAACUUCCGAACAGUCUGAGGAACUGCAACGAGACUAUCCUGUGCCGAUUUACAGCUACGGGCAGGACGACAUAGAGAUCGUCGACCUCCAGGACAAGAAGCAACCCGUUGAAACCGCAAAAGCGGAACUCCCUGCUAAAUCACCCGAAUCCAUUCCGAUUCUAAAGAACGACGUAAAGAUGAACGCCGCUCUUCGACAGGAAUGGAAUAAAGACAAUGUACGGAUCAUCGAGAGAGAAAAAAACGACGAAGAGUUUCUUCGAAAGUUUAAAAAGCAGUUCCACGAGGCGUCCACCGCUGACGAAUCUGUUGAAAAUUCUCCAUCGAUCAAGACUAAUUAUAACUCUCCUCCAACAGACACCCUGCAUGAAACGAUGCAUGAUUCAUUGGGCAACGCAUCACCUAGGUUCCCUUCUCGGUCUGACCCUCCUGUGAUGCAGCGGGUUCAGAUCGUAGAGGUACCCGUGUAUCGCGAUCCUUUACAGCCAUCGUCCUCAUUUUCAUCGUCAUCGCAUCGAGUGCUCAUAAACGUAACGAUCGCCACCGAGGAUUCGUCCGCCGUUUCCUCGAAGCCGCUUUACGUCCUGUCAGUGUCGGUACCAACGGAAAGCGGCGCGAUUAGCCAUUCAUCUGGGAUUAACGUCGAUCAGGCGCAGAUGCGCACGGCCGAGCGACUAUCAGAGCCAUCCGCAGCAAGCAUGAAAAAAAUCCCUGCUAACGACAAUAAAUCGAUUGACGCGGUCGAUACGCGAUUACCGCCACCGCCGCAGCCACCUGCCUCGCCACCGGCGCCGAUCUGGGCUGGCGGCGAGUGCGAGUGCUCCUGCCCCUGCAUGGGUUCAUCUUCUGACGAGUGGGACAACUUUUCAGCGAUCGACGACGACGAUUUCGAGCAGGAGCUCGAGAGCGUUAACUCCACUCUGUUAGCCGAGAAUUCCCCCGAGGAGCCGGGGGAAAGACUGACGGAUAAAAGGGACGGCGAAUUAUCCAACAAAGAUUUGGUAAGAUCUGACGCUACCUCCACCACCGAAGACUAUUAUCCUUCCUCGACAGACACCGCUGAGAGUGGUGAGUCAACCAACGAGACCUCCGUGUCGACUUACGAGCCGGAAGUAAGCACUGAUGCGUGGUCUUGCUCUGGGAGCACUCCGCUACCUCCAGAACCCACUAUACUUAUUCUUGAAGGUGCGCGAACGUUCCCGGCGAGGUCCUUCCCGCCCGACGGAACGACCUUCGCUCAGGUCGGUUUAGGUCAGAAACUCAGCAAAGAGAUACCACCGUACGGUUACUGGAACAUGCAGUUUUACCAAUCAGAAGCCGCUUAUGUCCGCUUCGACUACAACAUUCCGCGUGGUGCAAGUAUCGGCGUGUAUGCGAGGAGGAACGCGCUGCCUACGCACACACAGUACGACUUACUGGAAGUUCUCAGCGGUUUUAAGGCUCGGACUACCAGGGCGUCCCAUGUUAGUGUUAUUCCCUCGAUUAAGAAAGAGGUAACCAAAUAUAUGGAGCCGGGACAUUGGUUUCUUUCGCUCUAUAAUGACGACGGAGAUCCUCAUGAAGUGUCAUUCAUCGCUGUAAUCGCCGAGGAUAUGACGCAUAACUGUCCAAAUGGUUGCAGUGGCAAGGGCGAGUGUCUUCUAGGUCAUUGCCAGUGCAAGCCUGGUUUUGGUGGUGAAGACUGCAGCGAGAGCGUCUGUCCUGUUCUCUGCAGUCAAAGAGGCGAGUACAUAAACGGCGAGUGCCAAUGCAACCCCGGUUGGAAGGGCAAGGAGUGCUCCCUGCGACACGACGAGUGCGAAGUACCCGACUGCAACGGCCACGGUCAUUGCACCAACGGCAAAUGCAACUGUGUACGCGGCUACAAGGGGAAAUACUGCGAGGAAGUCGACUGUCCACAUCCGACUUGCUCAGGUCACGGUUUCUGCGCUGAGGGUACAUGCAUCUGUAAAAAGGGCUGGAAAGGUGCUGAUUGCAGUCAAAUGGAUAAGGAGGCACUGCAAUGCCUGCCGGACUGCAGCGGCCACGGGAAUUUCGAUUUGGAGACUCAGACAUGCGUCUGCGAGCCUAUGUGGUCCGGUGAUGAUUGCUCGAAAGAACUGUGCGAUCUUGAUUGCGGCCCUCACGGACAUUGCGUGGACAACGCCUGCGACUGCUUACCAGGCUGGUCCGGUGAGCUGUGCAAUCUGAAGCAAUGCGAUCCUCGCUGCAACGAGCAUGGACAAUGCAAGAAUGGCACGUGUCUAUGCGUCACCGGAUGGAACGGAAAACAUUGCACGAUGGAGGGCUGUCCGAAUUCCUGUUCCGGCCACGGACAGUGCAGAGUGUCGAACGACGCUCAGUGGGAGUGUCAGUGCUAUAAUGGUUGGGACGGCAAGGACUGCAGCGUACUCUUAGAACAAAAUUGUAGCGACGGACGAGACAACGAUAAAGAUGGUCUCAUUGAUUGCGCCGAUCCAGAAUGUUGCUCCAAUCACAUAUGCCAUGGCAGCCAGCUGUGCGUUUCAGCUCCUAAGCCAAUCGAUAUAUUACUACGGAAACAACCACCCGCUAUCACCGCAUCCUUCUUCGAGAGAAUGAAGUUCCUAAUCGACGAGGGCAGUCUGCAGAACUACGCUCGUCAGGAGACCUUCAACGAGAGCCGAUCGGCCGUCAUACGUGGUCGCGUUGUCACACACCUUGGCAUGGGAUUGAUGGGAGUGCGGGUCAGCACCAGCACAACGCUAGAAGGCUUCACCCUCACAAGAGAUGACGGUUGGUUUGAUCUAUUGGUAAACGGUGGUGGUGCCGUAACUUUACAAUUCGGCAGAUCGCCAUUCAAACCACAAAGCCAUAUUGUCUUCGUGCCUUGGAACGAGGUCGUUAUUAUCGACAAAAUCAUUAUGAGCACUGCCGAGGAAAAGCCACCUAUACAUGUUCCGCAUGCGUGCGCGGCUCACGAUUAUGAUCUCAUGAAGCCAGUCGUCCUGGCGACCUGGAAACACGGAUUCCAAGGUGCCUGUCCGGACAAAAGUGCUAUAUUGGCGGAGUCGCAAGUCAUACAAGAAAGCUUACAAAUACCCGGGACAGGCCUGAAUUUAGUAUAUCAUAGUUCUCGAGCGGCCGGUUACCUCUCCACCAUACAACUACAGCUGACUCCGGAAGUCAUUCCGCCAACGUUGAAUCUGAUACACUUGAGGAUCACAAUCGAGGGUAUACUCUUUGAGAAGAUUUUUGAGGCUGAUCCCGUGAUCAAAUUCACUUACGCUUGGAACCGCUUGAACGUUUAUCGGCAACGCGUCUACGGAGUGACAACUGCCAUGGUCAAAGUUGGCUAUGAAUAUAGCGACUGCAAGGACAUCAUCUGGGACGUGCAGACGACGAAAUUGAGCGGUCACGAUAUGUCUAUUUCGGAAGUUGGUGGUUGGAAUCUAGAUAUUCAUCACAGGUAUAACUUCCAUGAGGGUAUCUUACAAAAAGGAGAUGGCUCGAAUAUUUAUCUGAAGCACAAGCCGAGAGUCAUUCUCACCACGAUGGGAGACGGUCAUCAAAGACCGUUGGAAUGCUAUGACUGCGACGGGCAAGCUUCUAAACAGCGUCUCUUAGCGCCUGUUGCUCUUGCCACCGCUGCGGACGGCGCCAUCUUUGUUGGUGAUUUCAAUCUAGUCAGGAAGAUUCUCGUCGAUGGAACAGUUAGAACUGUGGUCAGACUAAACGCAACUAGAGUAUCAUAUCGUUAUCACAUCGCUCUGAGUCCCCUGGACGGCGUUCUCUACAUAUCGGAUCCAGAAUCUCAUCAGAUCAUCCGCGUUCGCGACACCAAUGACUAUACAGAUCCUGAUCGUAAUUGGGAGACAGUAGUUGGUUCCGGCGAACGUUGUCUUCCUGGUGACGAAGCUCAUUGUGGCGAUGGUGCUCUCGCACGAGAUGCCAAACUCGCUUAUCCCAAAGGCGUCGCUGUUUCUGCAGACAACGUUCUGUACUUCGCUGAUGGCACGAACAUCCGAAUGGUUGACAGAGACGGUAUCAUCACCACCGUGAUCGGCAAUCACAUGCAUAAAUCGCAUUGGAAGCCUAUACCCUGCGAAGGCACAUUGAAUGUCGAGGAAGUUCAUCUUCGUUGGCCAACCGAAUUGGCAAUCAAUCCUCUGGACAACUCGCUGCAUAUGAUUGACGAUCACAUGGUCCUCCAACUGGCGCCAGACGGUCGUGUCAAAGUCGUCGCUGGCCGUCCACUUCACUGCGCCUCGCCUUCAGCCUCGUUUGACACGGAACUCGCGACUCACGCCACCCUCGUGAUGCCGCAGAGUGUCGCGUUCGGUCCCUCGGGUGAUCUCUACAUCGCCGAAAGCGACUCACAGAGGAUCAACCGUGUUCGCGUGAUCGGCACCGACGGCAAAAUAUCGCCAUACGCCGGCGCCGAAUCCAAGUGCAACUGCCUGGAGCGUGGCUGUGACUGCUUCGAGGCCGAUCAUUAUCUGGCAUCCACUUCUAAAUUUAACACCAUAUCGGCUGUGGCGGUUUCUCCCGAUGGAGUGGUACACAUCGGCGACCAAGCCAAUUACCGUAUUCGCUCGGUAACAGCAAGUAUUCCUGACGCAAGCGGUGCGCGAGAAUACGAAAUUUAUGCACCCGAUACACAAGAGAUCUACGUGUUCAACCGAUUCGGCCAACACAUUUCCACGAGGAACAUUCUCACUGGUGAGAUCGUGUAUCAGUUUACCUACAAUGUCAACACCAGCAAUGGUAAGCUCAGCACAGUGACGGACGCAGCUGGUAACAAGGUUUUCUUGCUCAGAGAUUAUAGCAGUCAAGUCAAUUCAAUUGAGAACACAAAGGGACAAAAAUGCAGAUUGAGAAUGUCCAGGAUGAAGAUGCUGCACGAAUUGAGCACGCCCGACGAUUACAAUGUUACUUUUGAUUAUCACGGACCAACGGGCUUACUGAAGACAAAGCUUGACAGUACUGGACGUAGCUAUGUUUACAAUUACGAUGAGUUCGGUAGAUUGACAAGUGCGGUGACUCCCACAGGCAAGGUAAUCAGCUUAACGUUUGAUCUCAGUCUGAAAGGUGCUGUGGUAAAAGUCGGACAGAACAACAGGAAGCCUAUCUCAAUGUUGAUUAAAGGAUCGUCCGUCGUCACGAAGAUCGGAGAAGCCGAACAGAGGACGACAGUUCUCGCCGAUGGUUCAGUUGGAAGAGUAACACCAUGGGCUCAUACUGUUAGUACUGACUCAAUGCCAUACUCGAUCCUGGCAGAGCUCGAACCUCUACUGGGCGAAAGUUAUCCUGUACCAGCUAAACAGAGAACGGAGAUCGCCGGGGAUUUGGCUAAUCGCUUCGAAUGGCGAUACUUCCUCCGGAAGGUUCAAGGAAAUAAGAAUCGCGGCAACUCGAAAGCAAUCGCUCAGGUCGGUAGGAAGCUUCGUGUCAACGGUGAAAUCCUGCUGUCUCUCGAGUAUGAUAGAGAGACGAAUACUGUGGCCGUAUUCAUGGACGAUCGGGUAGAAUUGCUAAAUGUCACGUACGACAGAACGGCUAGGCCGGUCAAAUGGGGACCAAGGAAUGGUAUCUUUGCUGGCGUCGAGUUGGAAUAUGAUCGAUUCAGCAGACUGACAAGCUGGACGUGGGGUGACAUUAGCGAAACCUAUGGCUUCGAUAGAUCAGGUCGGCUAUAUGAAAUCAAAUACAGCGAUGGCACGUCAAUGGUAUACGCUUUUAAGGAUAUGUUCAGCAUCCUACCUCUGAAAGUCACUACGCCGCGUGGAAGCGAUUAUCUUCUUCAAUAUGACGAAGCGGGAGCGUUACAGUCGUUGACUACACCAAGAGGACACAUUCAUACGUUCUCUCUUCAAACUUCUCUUGGAUUUUAUAAAUAUCAAUACUAUUCGCCGAUGAAUAGACAUCCUUACGAGAUCCUUUACAACGAUGACGGUCAGAUUCUUGCCAAGGUAUAUCCUCAUCAAAGCGGAAAGGUUGCUUACGUCUAUGAUCACGCUGGAAAACUCGAAACUACACUCGCUGGACUCUCCUCAAUACAUUACACCUAUCAAGAAACGACUAGUUUGGUGCGUAGCAUUGACAUUAACGAGCCAAACUUCGAGAUGCGCAUCGAAUAUAAAUAUCACGCUGGUAUCGUGAAGGAUGAAAAGAUCAAGUUUGGCAGCAAGAGCGGCAUGGAUAAUGCUCAUUAUCGUUAUCAGUAUGACGGUAACGCGCGCAUAUCCGGCAUCGAGGUCGAUAUCAAUGGUAAACAGCUACCUCAGCUUCGUCUCAAGUACAACCAAAAUCUCGGAGUACUAGAAGGCGUCGGUGAUCUCAGAAUAUACAGAAAUCUCUUCAAUAGAUCGGUAAUGCAAGAUAGUAGCAAACAGUUCUUCACAGUCACGGAUUACGACGAACACGGACGCGUUAAAACCGUGUUGAUGAACAUCCGGUCGUUCGAUGUGUUCCGUAUGGAGCUCGAAUAUGAUAAUCGCAAUCGCAUCAAGAUGAGGAAGCUCACUAUUGGAAAAGAGUCGAUGGAGAAGAAAGAGUGGUCCAGAAUGGAGAAAAUCACAUAUAACGCAGAUGGUCACGUAUUGGAGGUAGCAGACACGGAAAAUAAUUGGCAGUACGCAUACGAUGAGAACGGUAAUGUGAUCGGCGUGACCGAACAUAAUGAGAAAAUUGUCUUGGGCUACGACAGUGGCGAUCGAGUUGUCCAGUAUGGUGACGUCGAAUUCAAUUCGUAUGAUGGACGCGGCUUCGUCGUGAUUCGCGGAGAGCACAAGUACAGAUACAACUCGCGCGGCCAGCUGAUUCACGCGUCGGAGCACAAGAAAUUCCAAAUCUGGUACUUCUACGACGACCGUGGUCGACUGGUGUCCAUGAAUGAUGACCGAGAGAACAUCACUCAGUUCUUCUACGCGAAUCCAAAGACUCCGGAUCUUAUAACGCACGUGCACUUCCCGAAAUCAUCUAAGACUUUCCGGUUCCUCUAUGACUCCCGCGAUUUCCUGAUGACCGUAGAAACGUCCGAGCAGCGUUUCUAUGUCGCGACAGACCAAAAUGGCUCGCCUCUCGCUCUCUUCGACACCAAUGGCAAUCUCAUCAAGGAGAUGCGGCGCACUCCGUUCGGCAAGAUCAUUAAGGAUACCAAUCCGGACUUCUAUCUGCCCAUCGAUUUCCACGGAGGUCUCUUCGAUCCAAACACCAAGUUAAUCUAUCUGAACAAGAGACUCUACGAUCCUACUGUCGGUCAAUGGAUGACACCAGCUUGGGAGCAGAUGGCCAACGAACUCACUACACCAACCGACAUUUUCAUCUAUCGCUUCCGCAAUAACGAUCCGAUUAACUUUAAACAGAAUGUUGAAUACAUGACGGAUUUGGGAAGUUGGCUAAAACUGUACGGCUACGAUAUCUCGAUGAUGCUCGGUUCUGAAUAUACGAAGCACAUGGUGUAUCAACCGAGCGCGACUGUCACAUCCCCGCAAUUGACUCCGGACUUUGGUGUGAUGUCCGGUCUGCAGUGCAUCGUAAAUCGUGUACAGGAAAAGUUUUCCGAUCUGGGUUUCGUUCCUAAGCCAUUGUUGAAAUUGGAACCAAAGACACGGAACCUGUUGCCGCGAGUGGCACAUCGUCGAGCGGUCUUCGGCGAGGGUAUCCUGGUAUCGCGUGUCGGCGGUAGGGCUCUGGUGAGCGUGGUGGACGGUGUGAACAGUGUAGUGCAGGACGUGGUGACAUCCGUAUUCAACAAUUCGUACUUCCUGCCAUUGCACUUCAGCGUGCACGAUCAGGAUGUUUUCUACUUCGUCAAGGACAAUGCGUUGAAGAUCCGUGAUGAUAUGGAAGAACUCCAUCGGCUCGGUAGUAUGUUCAAUGUGUCCACGCACGAAACGACCGAGCACGGCGCGGGCACGUGGAAGGAAUUGAGGCUUCACAAUCCAGACGCGGCUGUGGUGAUUAAAUACGGAGCCGAUCCCGAGCAGGAGCGGCACCGUAUUCUGAAGCACGCGCACAAGCGAGCUGUCGAGAGAGCUUGGGAAAUUGAAAAACAAUUGGUGAUGGCCGGUUUCCAGGGUAGAGGCGACUGGUCGAAGGAGGAGAAGGACGAGCUCAUGAGCCGCGGCACGGUCGACGGUUAUGAAGGCGUCGACAUCCACAGCGUGCACAGGUAUCCCCAGCUCGCCGACGAUCCUGGUAACGUCGCGUUCACCCGCGACACCAAGAGGAAGAGGCGGAAGAGCGGCAACAGGCGCAACAGGACUCACAGACACGAUUCGUGAUUCGAGGACACCACGACGCGAGUUCAAAGUAUCGCUUGGGACUUGAUUCGCGCGUGAAUAUGAGAAGCGAGUACGAUGGAAUGGGAGAGAAACGGAGCAACGCGUUGAUAGAAAAUCCUACCACCGCGUACUUGCGUUAAAAUAUGACGUCGCUCCCUUUCUCUCCUCGAUUCUCUUCUCGACCUCUUCUCUCCCUACGCUCGUCGUCGAAACGCAAUGAUCUACCACGAGCGACCACGGAUGCGUCCCGUGUCCGGAGCAACCUACCCCGUCGAUGUGCCAUAAGCGCGUCCACGCGAUCGCGAUCUGUCAUAGAUUCCUAGAUCGAGUAAUCGUACGUGCGAAAACGGCGGGUAUGGGAACGGAUCGCGAAGUGUCAAAAUUAAGCUAGUCGCAUUAUUAACGAAAUGAAGAAUAUAAAGCUUGUUACACAUGGUGAUUAGUUUAUAGAGAAGACGAAGAGACACGAGAGGGAAGGAGAAAGAGAAGAGAGAGGUGAUGAAAAUCGACGCGUGGAGAAUAGAGACGAAAUUACGUGCGUGAACUUUCAAAGUGCCGUCCGCGACGAAAUCCGGUAGUGUUUUCGUGAAAAGGAGGGAGUAUGGAGUGUCUUGGACUUUUUCGGAUCGUCGGUCGAUUAUUCGAGCUGAUGUCAUUCAACAGGGUCUACAAGACACGCGUAAGCACGCACGCGGGAGCGAGAUAUCUCGAGGUUGCCGCGUCGAAAUCGGAAGAUGCGGGGCGAGAGGAUAAUUUUUCAAUACAAAAAAUACGCUGACGUUCUCCGAACGUCUAGUUAUUUGACAGUCUGUUCGGGAUGCUCUCACCUCGCAUCUCUGAUCGGGGGAUAUCCUCCCGAGGGUGGAUAUGUCUGAACAAACUAUCCGUGGACGUCGCCGUAGAUCGUGUCGCGAGACGUCGUAGGAAAAGCGAGAGAGAGAUUAAGAGAGAACGAGAGAGAGAGAUUGAGAGAGAGAGAAAGAGACAAAGGAGAGCAGAUAUACAGCAGAUAUUUUUAACAAGGCGCAAAUUUGGUGUACUAGAUGCGAAACAAGCAAUUGUAAAUAUAGCUACUCGAACUCUUAAUGGUAAAUGUAGAUAAAA